AUGGCAUCGACGUACGAUGUUGGCACCAGGGCAUGGCAGCCUGACGCUGCUGAGGGCUGGGUAGCCUCAGAGAUGGUCAGCAAAGAUGUGCAAGGAACUAGGGCAAAGCUGGUCUUCAAGCUUGAAAACGGCGAGACCAAAGCGAUCGAAGUGUCAGUCGAAGCCUUGCAAAGCGGAAAUGAUCCGUCACUUCCGCCCCUGAUGAAUCCCACGAUGCUGGAAGCUAGUGAUGACCUCACGAAUUUAUCUCACUUGAACGAGCCGGCGGUUCUCCAAGCUAUCAGGCUACGAUACAUGCAGAAAGAGAUAUAUACGUACAGUGGCAUUGUUCUGAUCGCGACGAAUCCUUUCGCUAGAGUCGACUCCCUAUAUGUCCCAGGUAUGGUCCAGGUAUAUGCUGGGAAGCAGAGAGCAACGCAAGCUCCGCAUUUAUUUGCCAUUGCCGAGGAAGCAUUUAUGGAUAUGAUCCGAGACAACAAAAACCAAACCAUAGUGGUUUCUGGCGAGUCGGGUGCCGGAAAGACUGUGAGCGCGAAGUAUAUUAUGCGGUACUUUGCAACCAGAGAGUCACCCGAGAAGCCAGGGGCUCGUGCCAAACGUGGAAUGGAGUCGAUGAGCGAAACCGAAGAACAGAUUCUUGCUACCAACCCCAUUAUGGAGGCUUUCGGUAAUGCCAAGACGACUCGAAAUGACAAUUCUUCACGGUUCGGUAAAUACAUUGAGAUUAUGUUUGAUGAGAAUACGAAUAUUAUUGGCGCCAAGAUCAGAACUUAUUUGCUAGAGCGAUCACGACUUGUCUUCCAACCACUUAAAGAACGCAACUACCACAUUUUCUACCAGCUUGUGGCUGGUGCUUCUGAUAAUCAAAGAUUAGAGCUAAACAUUCUUCCCAUCGAGCAGUUUGAAUACCUUAAUCAGGGUAACUGCCCAACUAUUGAUGGCGUUGAUGACAAAGCCGAGUUUGAAGCCACCAAAAAGUCGCUACAGACGAUUGGUGUGUCUGAAUCACAACAAAAUGACAUCUUCAAGCUUUUAGCUGGCUUACUUCACCUUGGUAACGUGAAGAUUACCGCCUCUAGAACAGACAGUGUUCUCGCGCCAACAGAACCAUCUCUGGAGAAAGCUUGUACUAUUUUAGGCGUUGACGCACCUGAAUUCGCUAAAUGGAUCGUGAAAAAGCAGUUGAUUACCCGUGGAGAGAAAAUCACUUCUAACUUAAGCCAAGCGCAGGCAAUUGUGGUUCGUGACUCGGUCGCAAAGUUCGUUUAUUCUAGCCUCUUUGACUGGCUUGUGGAAAUAAUCAACCGUAGCUUGGCAACCGAGGAGGUUCUUAACCGUGUUAGUUCUUUCAUCGGUGUUCUCGAUAUCUAUGGAUUCGAGCAUUUUGCAAAAAACUCGUUUGAGCAAUUCUGUAUCAAUUAUGCAAACGAAAAGCUCCAACAGGAGUUCAACCAGCAUGUGUUCAAAUUAGAGCAAGAGGAAUAUCUCAAGGAACAAAUCGACUGGACUUUCAUUGAGUUUUCGGAUAAUCAACCGUGUAUCGAUCUCAUCGAGGGCAAGCUUGGUGUCUUGUCACUACUGGACGAAGAAUCUCGAUUACCUAUGGGGUCGGAUGAGCAGUUUGUGACAAAAUUACAUCACAAUUUUACAGCCGACAAGCAGCAUCGAUUCUUCAAAAAACCACGAUUUGGAAAAUCGGCUUUUACAGUCUGCCAUUAUGCGAUCGAUGUCACAUAUGAAUCAGAAGGCUUUAUAGAAAAGAACCGAGAUACUGUCCCAGAUGAACAUAUGGCAGUCCUUCGAGCGACUACAAACUCCUUCUUGAAACAAGUUCUAGAUGCUGCCUCUGCAGUGAGGGAAAAGGAUGUUGCUUCCGCCUCUUCAAACGCCGUGAAGCCCGCUGCUGGUAGGAAGAUAGGCGUGGCUGUCAACAGGAAGCCAACUCUUGGUGGCAUCUUCCGAUCCUCACUCAUUGAAUUAAUGAAUACAAUCAACAACACAGAUGUUCAUUAUAUUCGGUGCAUUAAGCCCAACGAGGCGAAGGAGGCUUGGCAGUUUGAGGGACCUAUGGUCUUGAGCCAGUUACGUGCUUGUGGUGUUCUGGAGACCGUACGCAUCUCUUGCGCCGGAUAUCCAACUAGGUGGACAUAUGAAGAAUUUGCUCUACGAUAUUACAUGCUUGUUCAUUCUGACCAAUGGACUUCGGAAAUUCGCAACAUGGCUGAUGCUAUUUUAACAAAAGCCUUGGGUACCAGCACUGGCAAAGGACUCGACAAAUAUCAGUUAGGGCUUACAAAGAUAUUCUUCCGUGCCGGCAUGCUUGCGUUUCUGGAGAAUCUCCGCACUAAUCGACUGAACAAUUGUGCUAUUCUCAUACAGAAGAAUCUACGAGCGAAGUACUAUCGACGACGAUAUCUGGAUGCCCGCAUAUCUGUUGUCCGUUCACAGUCGGCAGCUAGGGCAUUUAUUUCUAGAAGGCACGCGCAAGAACUACGCAAAAUUCGAGCAGCCACUACAGUUCAACGUAUAUGGCGCGGUCAGAAAGAGCUCAAGAAAUUCCUGGCCAUCAGAAAGGACAUGAUUCUGUUUGAAUCGGCCGCGAAGGGAUAUUUGCGACGAAAGCAGAUAAUGGAAACCAGAGUGGGAAAUGCGGCGCUAGUAAUUCAACGAGCUUGGCGAUCCCGUCGGCAAUUGCAGUCCUGGCGACAAUAUCGCAAAAAGAUUACACUUAUUCAAAGUUUGUGGCGCGGAAAACGAGCUCGGCGAGGUUACAAGAAGAUUCGUGAAGAAGCUCGAGACUUGAAGCAAAUUUCCUAUAAACUGGAGAAUAAGGUUGUCGAGCUUACCCAAUCUUUGGGCUCCAUGAAAGAGAAAAAUAAAAACCUUGCAGCACAGGUCGAGAACUAUGAAAGCCAAAUUAAGUCCUGGAAGAACCGGCACAAUGCUCUUGAGGCCAGAACUAAGGAACUUCAGACGGAGGCAAAUCAAGCCGGUAUUGCUGUUGCACGCCUUCAGGCAAUGGAAGAUGAAAUGAGGAAGCUACAACAAGCAUUUGAUGAGUCGACAGCAAAUAUUAAACGCAUGCAAGAGGAAGAACGUGAAUUGAGAGAAUCUCUUCGUCUUUCGACGACUGAGCUAGAAUCUACCAAGCAGACAAACAACGAACGAGAGAAGGACAACGUUAACCUCCGACAAGAGCUUGAGGCACUGCGAGACGCGCUGGAGGUGGCGAAGCGAAGUGCCCCUGUUAAUGGAGAACUCGUUAAUGGAAACACAGCUGCAAUAUCAUCCGCGACGGGUCUCAUUAAUCUUGUUGCUUCCAAGAAGCCAAAGCGCAGGAGCGCAGGAGCGGAGCCAAGAGAUACGGAUCGCUUCAGCGGCGCCUACAAUCCUCGCCCCGUCUCCAUGGCCGUUACGAACACCGCUCAUCGCCAAAAUUUGUCCGGCAUAACUUACAUACCUGGCGUUGAUAAUAUUGAAAUGGAAUUAGAAUCCCUUCUCGCUGAUGAAGACGGACUUAAUGAAGAAGUCACCAUGGGAUUGAUACGCAACCUUAAAAUUCCUUCACCGAACACGACACCGCCUCCGUCGGAUAAGGAGGUAUUAUUCCCGUCUUACCUCAUCAAUCUGGUCACUUCAGAAAUGUGGAACAAUGGCUUUGUCAAAGAAUCCGAACGCUUCUUGGCGAACGUCAUGCAAUCCAUUCAGCAGGAAGUAAUGCAGCAUGAUGGUGAUGAAGCAAUCAAUCCUGGCGCUUUUUGGCUUUCCAAUGUUCACGAGAUGCUGUCCUUUGUUUUUCUGGCCGAAGAUUGGUACGAGACGCAGAAAACUGACAAUUACGAGUAUGAUCGGUUACUUGAGAUUGUCAAGCACGACCUUGAGAGCUUAGAGUUCAACAUUUACCACACUUGGAUGAAGGUCCUUAAAAAGAAGUUACAGAAGAUGAUUAUUCCAGCCAUCAUUGAAUCGCAGUCGCUGCCAGGUUUCAUUACAAACGAGAGCAACAGGUUCUUAGGGAAACUUUUGCAGUCUAAUUCUGCCCCAGCAUACAGCAUGGAUAAUCUUCUCAGCCUUCUGAACAGUGUCUUCCGCGCCAUGAAGGCCUUUUACUUGGAGGACUCAAUCAUCACUCAAACCGUCACCGAGCUGCUUCGCCUCGUCGGGGUCACUGCCUUCAAUGAUUUGCUGAUGCGCCGCAACUUCCUGUCGUGGAAGCGGGGACUCCAAAUUAACUAUAACAUCACUCGUAUUGAGGAAUGGUGCAAAAGUCACGACAUGCCCGAAGGCACCCUGCAACUCGAACACUUAAUGCAAGCGACCAAACUACUUCAAUUGAAGAAGGCCACGCUGAACGAUAUCGAGAUCAUCCAGGACAUCUGUUGGAUGUUAUCGCCCAAUCAAAUCCAAAAGCUGUUAAACCAGUAUCUUGUCGCAGACUAUGAGCAACCCAUAAAUGGAGAGAUCAUGAAAGCUGUUGCGUCCAGAGUCACAGAGAAAAGUGAUGUCCUCCUUCUUCAAGCGGUUGAUAUGGAUGACAGUGGACCGUAUGAAAUUGCGGAGCCGCGCGCCAUUACCGCUCUUGAGACAUAUACGCCGUCCUGGCUACAAACUCCACGCUUAAAGAGACUGGCCGAAAUUGUAUCCGCACAAGCGUUAGCGCAGCAGGAGAAGCUUGAAUACGGGGAUGGUGAAGAUUUUGAGGGUCAAAACGGUUCUAUCCCUGAAGCAGAAGAGCCGCUUGAGGCAGCGAAAUGA